UGCUAGGCGCCGUGCUGCGUGCCUUGCGUGUCGGCCGCGUAGGCGCGGGCGGGAAGUGCGAGCUGUGGCGCUAUGGCCCAAGCUUGGCAGCACCCAUUCCUCAACGUUUUCAGACACUUCAGGGUGGACGAGUGGAAACGGGCCAGCAAGGAGGGUGAUGUGACCGUGGUGAAGGACAAGGCUCUGAAAAGCUCAGUGUAUCGCAUUCGGGGUUCUGUCUCUGCCAGCAACUAUAUCCAGCUCCCCAGAACCAGCACCCAGUCUCUGGGGCUGACUGGGAGGUACUUGUAUGUGCUCUUCCGGCCCUUGCCUACCAAGCAUUUUGUCAUCCAUCUGGACGUGUCCACCGAGGACGGCCAGGUCAUCCGUGUGUCUUUCUCCAACCUCUUUAAGGAGUUCAAGUCCUCGGCCACAUGGCUUCAGUUCCCCUUUGUCUUCGAUGAUAGGACAUCCAGGAAAGACGUAGCAGUUGCGGCUCCUUCUGGUGCCCGCUGGACCUGCCUGCAGCUCGACCUGCGUGACAUCCUUCUGGUCUUCCUGAGCCGCCGCUUUGGCCACCUCAAGAGUGUCAGGCUGUGUGCCAGCCUGCUAGUCAGAAACCUCUACACCAGUGACCUGUGUUUUGAUCCUGCUGUCACUGUCACUGAGGCUCGGCAGGCAAAGUUGCCGGUUACACCUGUGCCUCGAGAAAUGGCUUUCCCAGUACCAAAGGGGGAGAGCUGGCAUGACCACUACAUCCACAUUCGGUUUCCAAGUGACAGGUUGAUGCCGUCUUCCGAGCAGGUUCAGAAAAGUUGUUUUCUUCAGGAGGCAGGGCCAGUGUCACAGUGCCUGCCUCACCCAGUGGCUUUCAGCAAACCCUUGCAGGACAGUGAACUACCUGUGGCCCAGAUACCCAGUCCCACAGUGUCCUGCAAGGCUUCAGCACCCAGGCUCCUUCCAGAGGUCAGACUGUCCUGCAAACACACAGAGGUGUCCAGUGUAGGUGGUUCCAGCAUCCAUGGCCAACACCCUUCAGCCUGGAAGGAGGCCAACAGUGUGCGCACAGUGGUUAGUGGUAGCCAUGUGCUUGCUCACAAAUCAGCUGCAGCACCCAUGGCCCUUGAGGAUGCUGGCUCCUGUAAGCUUUUCCUCCCAGACCCAGUCCUGAGACUGAAGGGGGUGAUUGGCUUUGGAGGUCACAACACCAAAUGGGCCCUGUGGACCAAAGACGGGGCAGCUGUUGUUUAUCCCUGUCAUGCGGUCAUUGUCGUCCUGCGUGUUGACUCUGGGGAGCAACGCUUUUUCCUUGGUCAUACAGACAAGGUGUCUGCCCUUGCUCUGGAUGGGAAGAAUGCACUGCUGGCCUCCGCCCAGGUGCAGCCCCCCAGCAUGGUGCGCCUCUGGGACUUCCAGGCAGGAGAGUGUUUGUCCCUGUUUCGGAGCCCACUGCACACUGUCUGCUCCCUCAGUUUCUCCAGCAGUGGUUCCCUCCUCUGCGGUGUGGGAAAGGAUCGCCAUGGCAGGACGGUGGUGGUAGCAUGGGGCACAGACCUGGUGGGCCAUGGUGGCGAGGUGGUGGUUCUUGCCAAGGUGCACACCGACUUUGACAUCCAAACCUUCCAGAUUGCCUUUUUUGAUGAAACCAGAAUGGCAUCGUGCGGGCGGGGCAGUGUGCGGCUGUGGAGGCUACGGGGUGGGGUACUUCGCUCCUGUGCUGUGGACCUGGGCGAGCUGUGUCUGCUGGACCUCACUGAUCUUGCCUUUGCACAGGCCCUGGACAACCACCAGGCGUCUUUGGCCCGCACACUUUACGUGUGCAGCCGUAGUGGCCACAUUCUGGAGAUUGACCACCAGCGUUUGGUUGUGCGGCACACUCGCUGCCUGCUGCCCACAAAGACCUCUGACAAUCCCCACCCCGAGAAGCAGACUGUCAACUCAGGGUCCGGCAUUGCCAUCAGCAGCCUCAGUGUCUCCCCAGCCACGUGUGCUGUGGGCUCUGAGGAUGGCUACCUGCGACUCUGGCCCCUGGACUUCUCCUCAGUGCUCCUAGAAACAGAGCAUGAUGGCCCCGUCAGUUCCGUCUGCUUCAGCCCGGACGGCUUGCAUGUGCUCUCCACCUCCUCCUCAGGCCACCUGGGCUUCCUGGACAUCCCGUCUCGGGAAUAUACCAUGCUGGCUCGCUCCCAUCUGGCUCCAGUUCUGGCACUCUCCACAGAGCAGAGCCGGGGACAGCUAGCCACUGUGUCCCUGGACCAUACUGUUCGCAUCUGGGACCUGACCACCCUGAGGCAGCUGUACGAUUUCGCACCCUCUGAUGAAGCCCCUUGUGCUGUUGCCUUUCACCCCAUGUUGCCGACCUUCUUCUGCGGCUUCAGCAGUGGGUCCCUGCGUUCUUUUAGCCUGGAGAACUCAGGAGUCCUGGUGGAACACACGCGUCACCGAGGGGCCAUCACCAGCUUGGUCAUCACCCCAGAUGGCAACUUCCUGUUCAGCACAUGUUCUCAGGGCUCCCUGGUCCAAUACAACUGCACCGUCCCCCAGUGCUGUGUCCUCCGUGUGGCAGCGAAUGUUAUAUAUCAGAAUGACCAUCCCAACCCGAACACCCUGGCCGUCAGUGGGGACAGCCGCCGGCUGGCUUUUGUGGGCCCUUCCAAGUGCACGGUGACCGUCAUGGAGUCAGCCUCCUUGGAUGAGCUACUGCGAGUAGAUGUCAGCACCCUGGACCUGGCCAGUCACCACUUGGACUGGGCUGUGGCUGUCUGCUUUGGUCCUGUGGCCUCAGGCCAUCUGCUGGUAUCCAUCUCCUCCAACAAAGUGGUGGUAAUGGAUGCAGUGUCAGGUCGCACUGUCCGGGAGCUGCCCAGUGUCCGCCCUGGGGCCUGCUCCUCCCUGGCUCUCAGUGAGGAUGCUCGUUUUCUGCUGGGAGCCACUGGCCGGGCCAUUGCAGUAUGGGAUUACCCAACACAAGUGGACCCCAGCUGCCAGGUGUACAUUGGCCAUUCAGAGCCCGUGCAGGCUGUAGCCUUCACUCCUAACCAGCAGCAGGUCCUCAGCGUGGGGGAUGCCAUCUUCCUCUGGGAUGUCCUGGCCACCCCUGAGAGUGACCAAAGUGAGCCUGGGGUGUCUCCAGCCUAUAAAGCUGACCCUGGUGUGGGACACCUAGAGAAUGAGGCAUCUGGGACCAGUGGGCUUCCCCGGAAGCAGGUGCCUGUACCGUCACAGGCGCCGCUGCUGAGCAUCCAGGCGAGGCCCCACGAGGGCAGUGCUGGCACCUUCUCUACAUCAGAUGAGGAAAGAGCCUGUGAGGAGAGCCAUGCUCUUGAGGGCCUUCACCAGGCCCCAACGCCCCCUGUGCUUGUGGAAAGAAAGGCCAGUGGGGCUGGGGAUGGGCCUCGGGAGGCUGCAAGGGGCUCCUCUUCACUUGUGCCUCCUCCCCACCCCAGCCAGCCUAGUGACUGGAACACUAGGAGAGUAAGGGCCCCACACCCCACCCGCCCGGAUUCUUACAAGCACUUCACCGCUCGCUACAAGGCCUCGGCACGGGACAAGAGUGUCUCCUUCCCUCAAGCUGGCAGGGAGCAGCUGCGCCUGAAGGCCGUUGUGGGCUACAAUGGGAACGGGCGGGCCAAUAUGGUCUGGAGUCCUGACACAGGCUUCUUUGCCUACACAUGUGGCCGCCUCAUAGUGGUAGAGGACCUGCACUCUGGCAGCCAGCAGCACUGGCUUGGCCACCCUGAGGAGAUCUCGACACUGGCACUCAGCCCAGAUGACCAGGUCUUGGCCUCUGCCUCCUGCUGUACCAGUGCAGCUGUCCGCUGCCAGAUCCGCAUCUGGGAUGUGCCUAGGGGCUUCUGCCAGCAUCUCCUCUCCUACCAUGACACUGCUGUGCAGUCCAUGGCCUUCUCACCAGAUGAGGAGUUCCUUGUGACCCUGGGGGACUAUGGUGACCUCACCCUUGCCCUGUGGAGCAGGGCCACCUAUAAACUCUUGUCAUCCACCCGUCUCCUGGAGCCUAUGCAUGAUGUGGUCUUCAGCUACUGGGACGCCAAUGAGCUCGCCUGUGUGGGCACAGGUGCUGUCACCUUCUUGCUUGUGCAGCAGUGUGGAAUGGACAUCAGCUUCCAGGUGCACCGAGAGCCAGUCCCUGAGGAGGUGGGGGCAGCUGAGUUGACCUCGCUCUGCUAUGGGGACGCCCCCUUGCUCUAUAGUGGCUGCAGUUCCGGCCAGGUUUGUGUCUGGGACACCGGUACUGGCCGCUGCUUCAUGGCCUGGGAGGCGGAUGACGGUGAGAUUGGGGUGCUGUUUAGCUCAGGCCCGAGGCUGGUCAGUGGUAGCAACACGAGACGGCUGCGCCUGUGGGCUGUGGGGGCUGUACCAGAGCUGAGGCGCAAAGGCUCAGGUGCCAGGUCCAGUUCUGUGUUCAUGGAGCGUGAGCUGACCCUGGAUGGGGCUGUUGUGAGUGCCAGCUUUGACAGUGGUAUGGACAUGGGUGUAGUGGGUACCACAGCUGGCACUCUCUGGUAUGUCAGCUGGACUGAGGGCACCAGCACCCGCCUCAUCAGUGGCCACAGGAGCAAGGUGAACGAGGUGGCCUUUAGCCCCAGCGAGUCUCACUGCGCCACCUGUGGUGAUGAUGGGAGCGUAAGGGUUUGGUCCUUGGCCAGCAUGGAGCUAGUGAUCCAGUUCCAGGUGCUGAACCAGAGCUGCCUCUGUCUUGCAUGGAGCCCCCCGUCCUAUGGCCGCCCAGAGCAGCAGCAGGUGGUGGCAGGCUACAGUGAUGGCACACUGCGUGUCUUCAGCAUCUCUCGUACUGCAAUGGAGCUCAAGAUGCACCCCCACCGGACUGCCCUGACAGCCAUUGCCUUCUCCACUGACGGUCAGACCAUCCUCUCUGGUGACAAGAAUGGGCUUGUGGCUGUGAGCAGGCCAUGCACAGGGAUGACCUUCCGUGUGCUCUGUGACCACCGUGGUGCCCCAAUCUCUUCUAUCCAGAGUACAAGCAAAGAGUAUGGAGACCUAGGAGUAGAGGGUGUGGACCUGUGGUUGGCUGCUAGUGGAGACCAGCGGGUCAGCAUCUGGGUCUCUGACUGGCCCCGGGACCACUGUGAACUCCUGGAAUGGUUGAGCUUCCCUGCACCUGCCACCUUGGAGGCCCCGGGCUUCCCACCACCCUCCCUUGCUGCCUUCUGCCCCUGGGACAAGGCCCUGCUGGUGUGCGUGGGCCUUGGUGCACAUGAAGAGGUGAUCUUGUACAGCCUCCGCCAAAAGCAGGUAGUUCAGAAGACAUCACUGCCUUUCUUCGCCAUGUCCCUGAGCUUGUCCCCACGGUCCCACCUCAUGGCUGUCGGCUUUGCUGAGUGCAUGUUCCGGCUCCUGGACUGUGUGUCAGGGACUGCCCAGGACUUCCUUGGCCAUGAUGACUCAGUGCAUCUGUGCAGGUUCACCCCAUCCGCCCAGCUGCUCUUCACAGUUGCCCACAACGAGAUCCUGGUGUGGGAAGUCACUGACUCCAGAGCUCCUGCUGGAUACCCAGGCUGUGGAUGGCGUGCCGAGUCAGGAUGCCUGGGACUGUCCAGCACUAAGCUGUUUUGAGUUUGGGUAACCUGAAAAGAUUUACAGGAGCUGAGGGUGUGGCCCAGUGGUAGAAUAUAUGUGAGGCCCUGGAUUUGAAUCUUAGCACCACACACACACAAACACACAAAGACUUCUUAUUCAAAGAGGUUUGCACCUUAAAUUUUUGUUAGUGUUUUCUGUUUUGUACAGCUUAAAUAAAUGCUGGCAUGUAUUGUA